UUCCGGAAAGAUGGCUCUGACUUCAGUUUGUCGUUUGGUGCUUGGCAACGUUAGAUCGGGUACGUCGAGUGCUCUUGUUGCUGGUUGUAGGUCAGCUGCAUUUUCCUUGUCAUCAAAUUUAAUUAAUAAAUCCGGUAAAAUGGGUUUACCAAGAGUAUAUUUUGAUAUGGCCGUAGAUGGACAACCAUUCGGAAGAAUUAUUAUCGAGCUGAGGAGCGAUGUUGUUCCAAAAACUGCGGAAAACUUCAGGGCGCUUUGCACAGGCGAAAAAGGCUUCGGUUACAAAGGUUCCACUUUCCACAGAGUAAUUCCCAACUUCAUGUGCCAAGGUGGUGACUUUACAAACCAUAACGGCACUGGCGGAAAAUCCAUUUAUGGACAGAAGUUUGCUGAUGAAAACUUUACUUUAAAACAUACUGGCCCUGGAGUCAUGUCAAUGGCUAAUGCUGGACCUGAUACCAAUGGUUCCCAGUUCUUUAUAACCACCGUCAAAACCUCCUGGCUAGACAAUAGACACGUCGUUUUUGGAAGUGUCGUCGAGGGCAUGGAUGUAGUGAAGAAAAUUGAAGCUCUUGGUUCUCAGUCAGGCAAAACUUCCAAAAAGAUUACUGUUGCAGAUUGCGGUCAAUUAUAAGUGUUUUAUUCAAAUAUUUCGAGCUUUGCCGUUUUUUCAAUUU